AUGAUCGGCAGUGGCAUUGACCAUUGCCAACAGCCCCCUAUGGACACACUCAAACCGAAAUCGUAUCGCCUUGCCAAUACCGGAUUACUUUUGUUUUUGAACGUCAUCAACUCUGCUUUUUUCAGCAUAAUCAUUGUUUUCGUACAGGCCACCUUCAAUGCGAAGGGUCGAUCGGAUCAAAAUGCGCAUCUGGACAGCCUUGAUAAGCUAGAUGCCAGUUUCAUGCUUGCCAUGCUUCGCCUGUUACAGGCGCUGCUCUCCACAAUGACCGCAAUGUCCUUGAAACAGGAACUGACCCUCCUGUUAAGAGGCGGCCUCGGUCUGGUGCUAUGGCUUUCUACAGUAGUGCUGUUUCUGCAAACCUCACAGGACGUAAUAUAUGACACGUUGAAUAUACAUAAUGUCACUGCAGGCGUUGGGUCCUUCCAAGGGUCCUAUGUACAGCCUUUCAUCGACUUUCUACAGGGCACUCAAGAAGGGUAUCCUUACGAGGUUCUACCUUACGGCUACUACGCGCCUGUUUAUAACCUUGUCAUCAAUCCCAUGUUCUCCAGUCUCACGGAUCCUAUUCGUUGUUCAGGAAAUAACUGUUACUCCUACCUGUUGAGUGGUGGCCUUGAAAUGGUAACGCCAUGGAUAUCCCUGGAGGAUUCAUCUUUCCCCCUCGUUCAGAUCCACGAUGUCCCGUCCAUUCAACUUGAAUAUACGUCACUGUCGGAUUAUCAUCGCUUCUCCUCUACGGAUUGCAGCAUUCUUGGCUCGCCCGCUAGCUCAAUCGCAGCACGCCUGUGUCUUUCAAUGGACAAGAGUAACGCUGGAACUUUGAACGCCGGUUUGUUCAUUUGCCCGGACGGCAUGGCCAAUGGUACCUGCGAAGUAGACAGCGCGCUUUCAGUACCCAAUAUUACAACGUCGAUGAUGGCAUUCAGUCGUCAUGCGUCCGUUUUAGCAGGCUUAGCCAACUUCAGCAUUGUGUCCACCAAUUCAUUAUCGGAGCCAACACAGCUGGUAGACCUAGACCUGCCUUCUUACAAGUUAGCCUUAACUUGGCUCCUCAACUAUACGGCCUCCAAUAUACCACCACCAUCUGCGAUUAUACAGAGCUUCUGGACAUCUCAAACCCAGCUUGCCUCACCGUCCACUCAAGGUCUCCUAAUGCAGAGCUUUCAGUCAAUUCUCGCUUUCCCCUACUGGCUGUUCAAUGGAAACAACUACGGAAAUUUGGAUCUGCAGCUGCGAGAAAUGAUCGAUUCGCUCCCACCGGAUUUCUACACCCAAGCAUGUGUUGUUGCGCCGUAUAGCAAAAUUCAGUUCAACUACGAAAUGUUUAUUAUAUUCAUUGUGCUGCAGGGUGCGGCUCUAGUCUUUGUUUGGGUUACACUUGCCUGGGUGUGGAUUGCUACGGGUGCCAAGGGAGGUAUCAAUUUGGCACGGAUAACCUCUUUCCCUCUUUUUGAUGUUGCUUUCAAGAGUAAUUCUGAGGGUUAUCAGGGAAAGGCGCGAGAUCUGCUGUUGGCAGAUUCGUCAGACGCAUUAUUUCUCACGCAAGAUGUCAGAGCUCAGGCGAAAAGAUUCAAUUGA